UCACUUGAAGAAACUAUCCCUCCCCUCCAUCAAGACUCACAAGUCUCUGAACCGAAGGAUAUCUCGGCCUCCCUACAGAAGCUGAUUAUUUGGAUCUAUGUAAUGAUUUAUUCUACACCAUGAUCCCGUACUGAUAGGAAACUUAGACAUAUUUAGUCAAUAAGUCGACAGAUUUGUUCAGGGACAUUGGUUGGCGUCAACCAUGCGCAAAAAUUCACGCUAUCAAAGCAGAGAAUCGCCGUAAACGGAAUGAUCGCUUCUCGCGUGAAGUCACCCUGAUUGUUUGUUUUUGAAGGAAGCGACACGCAUAUCGGCUCCGAAAAUAUCCGCAACCAAGAGACCGAAGUGGGAACGAGUGCUGACAUCCGCAGUAUAUCUGGAAACACGGUGUCCUGAGCCAUGGGGGCCUUCUUGGACAAACCGAAGACAGAGAAACAUAAUGCUCACGGAGCGGGCAACGGUCUGCGCUUCGGCCUGAGCAGCAUGCAGGGCUGGCGGGUAGAGAUGGAGGAUGCGCACACGGCUGUUGUGGGUCUACCGCAUGGCCUGGAUGACUGGUCCUUCUUCGCAGUGUAUGAUGGUCACGCUGGCUCCCGCGUAGCCAACUAUUGCUCCAAACACCUGCUGGAGCACAUCAUAACCAGCAGCGAGGAUUUCCGUUCGGGCCCCGACACCGUGGAGGGAGUUAAAAGCGGCAUUCGUUCUGGCUUCCUGAAGAUCGACGAGUACAUGCGCAACUUCUCGGACCUACGUAACGGCAUGGACCGUAGCGGUUCCACGGCAGUCGGUGUGCUGGUGUCCCCUGAACACCUCUAUUUCAUCAACUGUGGAGACUCCCGUGCCGUUCUCAGCCGUGCCGCACAGGUACGGUUCUCCACACAAGACCACAAGCCGUGCAACCCACGCGAAAAAGAGCGCAUUCAAAACGCAGGAGGUUCUGUGAUGAUCCAAAGGGUGAAUGGUUCUCUUGCUGUGUCACGUGCCCUGGGGGACUAUGACUACAAGUGUGUGGAUGGGAAGGGCCCUACUGAGCAGCUGGUAUCUCCAGAACCGGAGGUGUUUGAAAUCCCACGCAUUUCAGAUGAGGAUGAGUUUGUGGUGCUCGCUUGCGAUGGCAUCUGGGAUGUGAUGAGCAACGAGGAGCUGUGUGAUUUUGUGCGCUCUCGGCUAGAGGUGUGGGAUGACUUGGAGAAGAUCUGCAACUCUGUGGUGGACACCUGUUUACAUAAGGGAAGCCGUGACAACAUGAGUGUUGUUCUAGUAUGUUUCCCCAAUGCGCCGAAGGUAUCAGAGGAGGCUGUUAAGAGAGAGGCCGAGUUGGACAAAUUCCUGGAGGCUCGUGUGGAAGAAAUCAUGGAGAAGUCAGGGGAGGAAGGCAUCCCAGAUUUAAGCCAUGUCAUGCACAACCUUCGCCCUGAGAGCAUCCCCAACCUGCCUCCGGGAGGUGGACUCGCUAGCAAACGUAGUGUAAUUGAGGCCGUUUACAACAGGCUAAACCCACACAGAGAAGAAGAUGGGGACAGCCAGAGAGGAGCAGCUGGCGGUGAGGAGGAAGAAGAGGGCAGCUCCACCGCCCACCUGCUGGAGGCGCUACGACAGUUCCGGGUCAGUCACCGAGGCGAAUAUCGCCAAGUGCUGGAGCAGGCGCUCUCUACUUAUCGGCUGUCUUACGGGACAGGCGCCACGUCAAGGACCGACCCCAAGGAGGAACCUCCCUUGCCUCUACCAUCCCCAGCCUCUGAGGAGGGACAGGAUGAAGCCGCUACAUCACAGUCUCUGGACAAGCCCUCUGGCACCCCCACUGCAUGACCCUAUUUAGUACCCACUAAACCCAGCCUUGCUAUCAAACCCCUUUCCCCAGACCUGCUCUCUGUCCCAGACUGCUAGGUUGCUUUGGGCAUUCUUCCCACUUAGAGCACUUCCAGUGCAGGUUUUUGGUUGUCUUUAUGGAUUUGUAAUAGCACUUUGGGUGUUUGUUUUGUGUUUGUGAGCUCUGAAAACAGUAAAAGUAGCAUACAGAGGAAGUUUUGCACAGAAUUCUUAUCACUAAAAACCUGCUCUGCAACUGCAAGUGAGGUUAACCUUGGCAUAUCCCAGCUCUGUCUGUAGUAAGCACUUUCUCAUAUCUGCACCUAGCCUAGUGUUUUUAAAAUGAGAGAUGGAGGUGUAAUCUAAUAGAUAAAAGUGUUAAAAGGAUAGUUCACCUAGUUGUCAAAAUUGUCAUCAUCUCAUCCUCAUGUCAUUCCAGACUUAAAUUAAUUUCUUUCUUUUCUUUUACUUUCUUUUUUUCUUUCUUUCUUUCUUUCUUUGACAUGACAUGAAAAAAAUCAAUGUCAAAGUCGUGACAAAAUGACGUGAAGGCAAAUAAUACAUUUUUGGUGAACUGUCCCUUUCAGGAGAUUUGAAUACUGUCACACACCCCUGAAUGAUUUGAUCAUCACCAUUUCCAUGAGUUUACUCAUAUAAGUAGUUAAACAUUUGAAAUAGCAAUGGUUUAAGUGGACAAUCUGGGCCGUGCCAAGAAUACAUACAACUGUUUGCUCUCGUGCCAUGCAGUGCAUAUGUACUCUGUAUUUUGGGUUGUCUCAUGGCUGAUCAUAGUUAUAGGAUAUUAACGUACUGUAGUAAACAUCAGGUACAACUUCUGGUAUGCUCUCUCUAGUCUGCGUGUGUGUGUGUGUGUGUGUGAAUCAAAUAUAUAUGAAAUGUGAGACGAUUAACUGAUCAAAAGCAAUUCUUUCACCAUUUAAAAAGGAACUCUAAAGCCAUGUAUGUGUAUAUCUUCUUCUCUUUCCAUAUUCCUUUCAUAUCGGUUUAGAAUUUGAGCUGUCCUCUCGAAUAUAAUUGUCCUGUGUCUGCUAUUUGAGUGUUCACAGUUAACUACUAUCCAGGUGUGUCCUUGAGGAAGAAGCACAAAAUGGAAAUACACUGGCUUUAUAAGCAUGGACCGUAUGAGAUUACAGAAACUUACACAAUCAUUUGUUCUUGCAAAAGUCUGUUGUGUUGAUCCAAUCAGUCAGUGACUGUCAAAGCAUUGAUUGAAAAGGGACAAUACAGACUGAUUUACCUUUAUAGAAGGACUUUUUGCAAUCUAUAAAUUAGGCACCACUGUUACAUGAUCAUUCAUGAAUGUCUGUACACUGCAGUAUUUGCACAGGGCUUCCUAUCACACUUCUUAUUUUUAUGACCCAAGUUUUUGGAAAGCAAGCUGGAUUCUGUCCAUGUGGAUUGUCAUAUCGCAAAAUAUCUGAUGUUCCAAACUGCUUUUGUUGUGUGAUUUCUUUGGCUGAUGUUAUCAAGCCAUUUGAAGCUGAUUACUUUGUUGAUUUGGAAGUUAAUGCAUAACACAAACUGUAUAAUCCUCUUAACAGUUAGCGUAAGUGCAUGCAUAACGCUGCCAUUGUUAUAUUAAACUUGUGUUACUAAAAUAAAGGCUGAGCAGAAUCAGAGAGCUUAAUUGUCCAUAGAGCAGUAUUUGCUGCUUUGGUUUCAGAUUUUUUUUUUUUUUUUUUUUUUUUUUGGGGCAAAGGUUUGUAUACAUUUUGUUUCACGCUAAAAUUCAAAAUAAAUCAAAUUCAACUAUUAAUAUCUGUCUUUGCUCCAAUUCAUUAUUACAUUUGAGAUGACACACCACAUAGAAUGCCGAUAGUUUCAUGAGUGCUUUUUAAAGCUCUUAUAAGAAUUUGUUCACUCCUAACUAUCCUUCAUAAUCAGACAUGGCUUAUGUUCUUACUCAUGAGCUUUGUUAGUGGAAGUUUGAGGCUGAGGUAAGUGAGCUUCAAAUGUGCCUUUAUUGUUUAAAAGCCGGUUUUAUACUGGGGGAAAUUUAGUUUUCUUCUCAUAUGGAAAUGCAACUAAUAUCAGAAAGAGUAUGUUGGCCAGUCCUUGCAG